ACCCCUUGAAAUGCUACAGGAGCUACAGCUUCGCAAGUGCGAAAGCGGCCAUUUCGCCGAUACUACAUCACCUGUCGAUCCCUUUGCUGUCGGGACAUCUGCACCAUGGAUAAAAAGCUCGUUGAAGUCCCCGAGAAAGGCCUUCCAUCCUUGCAUCAAACUAAGGCCCUUCACUCAAGAUGGUAGCAUUGUCAUUUGCCUGCACUCCAUUUGGUCAUGUGCUUUUUGGUGCCUUGAACAACAUUGCAAGUAGCAAGCAAGCCUGGUCUCCAGGAGACUGGACCUCUGUCAAUGAUCAUUCUGUGGGCGGCCAAAGCACCAGCACCUUUGUCAUUUCCACAACAAACAAGAUUGUCCAGCUACAAGGCUACCUGGACUCAUCCAAGCUGCAUCACCAGCAACCCAACAUUGGUCACGCAGGCCAGAUUACCACAAACAGUAAGAAGGUGUGGGACCUUUCUGAGUUUGAGGGUAUCCAAAUCCUUUACAGCGGAGGCGACAAUCACAACUACACGCUGAGUAUGAAGGACGUUCUGCCGACUGUCCUGGCAAAUGGCCAUGAGAGGAGCACUAUCGAUUGGGUGCACACCUUCACUGCUGAAAAGCUCGAGGUGCAGGGGGUCGGGCUUGAGUCCCUCCAAAUGCAGAUGCCAACUUCAGUCUUUCUUGCGUUCAACAAAUUCAAGCCCUUGUAUCGCAAUCGCCUUGUUGAGAAUGCCCAGCCCCUCAAUACAAAGCACAUCCGCAGCUUCAGUAUCAUGAUUCGCAGCUCCGACAAUGAUCGAACCGGGGAGUACAGCAUUAAGUUGCACAGUAUCAGCGCUGCUCAUGCAGGAACAGUCUAUCACACUGAGAACUUUCAAUGCUAGUGGAGCAUAUCGAAGACAUGAGCAGAGACAGACGUAAUGUUCUUUCCAGUAUCUUUAGUCAAGUAUCCCUCCAAUAUUAAGGAAAUCUUUAAUCACCAGGCCGAAUGCCUUGCCUUGACUAUUGCUUGAUGUGCGCAAGUAGCGGAAGCCAUUGAGGGCCAAUGCCCAUACAGCGCCUUGUAACAUAGGCCACAACAAAAAAUCGACGAGAGUCACGCGGAAGACACUCCAGUGGGACCAGUCUGUUCUGUUGAGUGCCGUCAAGUAGGUCUGUUCGAAGCGCAAAUCAGGUAUGGGAGUGCCGUUGAAGAGGACUGGUUUCGGCGGUCGUGCGCCAGGCUGGACUUCAUCAGGCAGCUGUGCGAGAUCGUCGUCAUCGAGUCCCUCGAUGUCUCCGCUGUAGACUUUGAUGGGCGCCUUGUCAGCUGUUGUUAGCGUUACAGUCAUGUUGUC